AUGAACCUUUCGCUCUGGGGGUCUCCGAUGCGCGUUCUAGCUCGCAUUAGCUUGGCCGUUUUUGGCGGCGACGACGUCCAUGCCACGACGGCGCGAUUCCGAAGCGUAAAGCUGUACAAGCUGCGCUAUGCGACAUGUCGCGGUUCCCGCGCCUUUCGGUUGGCAACAAGUAAACUGCAGCGUCGCCUGAUGCUCUCACGUCCAAACACCGCGCCUGAUCCUACGAUGCCCGUCACGCUCGAGUGGAAAGCCGUGUUUCGUGCCGUCCAGCCAAAGCACCGGUCCCCGGCCAGGCCAGCCGUGGGUGCCCGGCCAGCACCUCGCCGUCGCCGCUUCCGCUUCGGUCCCCUGUGCCGACAUGGCUGGGCCUUGCCCGCCCAACACGUCGCCGGCGCAGCUCGCUUCGUGGCGAACGCCAUUGUUCCCAAAUAA